AUGAGGCAGGCAAAGUCCGGCGGCCUCCUCAUUGAGGUGCGUGGCAACCCGGAAGAAGUGUCCGCAGUGAGAGCAGAGAUUGCGAGAUCUGCAGGGGCCGAAAUCGGUGUCAGGACACUGCAGCAGAGGGAGCUGGUAGAAAUCAGGGACCUGGACCAAUGGUCAGAUGGACCUGAGGUCCUCGAAGCCAUAACUUCGGCCACAGGAUGCGACCCGAGCACGAUAAGGCUAGUGAGAAUGCGGAAGCGCUUCGGUGGAGCCCAACUCGCCUUAGUCUCCGCCCCCAAGGAGGUUACGCAGGUGAUCGUUAGUCAAGGUCGGCUGAGGGUGGGUAUGGUGAGCUGUAGUGUCAGGCACUGCGACGCCAAAGUUAGGUGUUUUAAGUGUCUGGCAUACGGCCAUGAGGCCAAGUCAUGCCAAGGUCCAGAUAGGACCGAGUGCUGCAGGCGCUGCGGCGAAACUGGCCACAAAGCGGCCAACUGUAGUGCCACGGAUCAAGCGGCAAACGUUUUUGCCGAGGUGUUGCAGGCGUCCAAAUCCAUGCCUAGCGCAGGAUCAUAUCGCUCGAGUGGAGCGACGGAGGACAAAUGCACACCAAAAUGA